AUGUCCGCUGCAAGCACUCCCGGCAGCGCUCCGAAAGCAAUGUCAUCACGGCUUUUGACAAUGAAAUUCAUGCAAAGAGCUGCCCACUCCUCCUCCCCCUCCGCAGCCCCUCCUUCUCCAGAUGAACCAUCCCCUAAGCGUCGGCGGAUAGACUUGUCAUCUACAGGUACGCCAUCAAAAGUCAACGUUGAUGCACUUGCAGAUAGGAAAGCUAUUCAAGCCGCACUGGCCAGUGAGGAAGCCAAGCGUCAAUCUGCUUUGGAAAAGCAAGCUGCAGAGGCUGGCGAUACCAGAUGGGUCUUGAGUUUUGAGGAUCAGCAGCACUCGGCACCAUCCCCCACGCUGGCACUACGUGUUAUCCAGACUGGCUUUGCGAACCUCGACACUUCACCUUCUCAGUUUCGAAUCACGGACGAUGAAUCCGAUGACCAUACCUCCAUGGUCGGACGCAGAAGUUUCGGCAGAUUUAAUAAGGUCUUGGAGAAACAACAAGACAUUUCCAUGGAGGAUUCAUCAGAGACCGAUGAUGAAGAUGACGAAUCAAAGUCCUCUGGUUCAGAUAGCGAUUCGCAUGACCCAACAGGUGCCCUCAUCAAAGCUUCUCGCCAGGAAGCAGCAAAUCGAGCGAGAGCGGAGAGAAAGGCCAAGAAAAGAGCUGCGAAAGCUGAAGCGGAGGAGCUAGCCAAGAAGAGGAGAAAAGAUGUAGUCAACCUGAAUGGACUGACUAGUUUGAGUGGAAAGUCGGCACCAGUUCCAGCAUGUUACAACUGCGGCGGCCCUCAUUACAAGAAGGAUUGUCGUGCGAAUACAAACAAGCGAACGCAUAUGGGAGGAGAUGACGGUCCGCCUAAGAAGUCCUUGAAGUUCAAGUGA